CGGAUAUAAAAACCCCUGACACUCGCCGCUCGCCACCCUCUGUCCAGAACCUCUUUUCUUUAACUUUUGUUACCAAAACUCUUUUCUCUUUCUUUCUCUUUCUCUUGUCCAUUUUUCUCUAAAAUUAUUUACGGCACACGUCCUUCUUGACCACUCGGUUAUCCUAAUUAAACUAACACAUUUGUAACACUCAAUAAUGAGCUCUGACGGCGAGACCUUCCUUUUCACAUCCGAGUCUGUCGGUGAGGGCCACCCCGACAAGAUCUGCGACCAGAUUUCCGACGCCAUCCUCGAUGCGUGCCUGUCCCAGGACCCGUACUCCAAGGUUGCUUGCGAGACGGCGGCCAAGACCGGUAUGAUCAUGGUUUUCGGUGAGAUUACCACCAAGGCCGUCCUGGACUACCAGAAGAUCAUCCGCAACACCAUCAAGGAUAUCGGCUACGACAGCUCCGACAAGGGCUUUGACUACAAGACCUGCAAUGUGCUGGUUGCCAUCGAGCAGCAGUCCCCCGAUAUCUACCAGGGCCUUGUGCAGAACGGUGACGCUCUCGAGAACGUCGGUGCCGGUGACCAGGGUAUCAUGUUCGGCUAUGCCUCGGACGAGACCCCUGAGUACAUGCCCAUCACCCUCGUCCUGUCGCACAAGCUGAACCAGCGGAUGGCCGACCUCCGGCGUUCGGGCGAGCUCUCGUGGCUGCGCCCCGACUCUAAGACCCAGGUCACCAUUGAAUACCGCAAGGACAACGGCGCCCUGGUCCCCGUGCGCGUGGACACCGUCGUCGUCUCGGUGCAGCACGCCCCCGAGGUCGAUAACGAGACCCUCCGCCGCGAGCUGCGCGAGAAGGUUGUCAACCACGUCAUCCCCGCUCACCUCAUGGACGAGCGCACCAUCUACCACUUGCAGCCCUCGGGCCGCUUCAUCAUCGGUGGUCCCCAGGGUGACGCCGGUCUGACUGGCCGCAAGAUCAUCGUCGAUACAUACGGUGGCGGUCACCACGGUGGAGGCUGCUUCAGCGGCAAGGACUACACCAAGGUUGAUCGCUCGGCUGCCUACGCCGCCCGCUACGUUGCCAAGUCGUUGGUCGCUGCCAAGCUUGCCCGCCGUGUCACUGUCCAGUUCUCGUACGCCAUCGGUGUUGCCGAGCCCCUGUCCGUCUACGUCGACACCUACGGCACUAGCUCCAAGACUGAUGCUGAGCUCGUUGCCAUUAUCCGCAAGAACUUUGAUCUGCGUCCCGGAGCCAUUGCCAAGGAGCUCGAUCUGUUCCAGCCUAUCUACCUGAAGACCGCGUGCUACGGUCACUUUGGCCGCGACAUCUUCACCUGGGAGAAGCCCAAGGCGCUCAAGUUCUAGAUAAUUUUUUCUUUGUCGCUACACCCCUCCGUGCAGAAGCAGCUAGUUUUUUUUAAUUUUUUUACUCUGAAAAAUACACGCAUAAAAUGUAAAC